AUGUUAUUUAGGCCGCUUAUGUAUCGAUUUCUCGUCUUGCUGAUUAUUUUUGUGUUGCUCUGGAAAAUCUUUAUAUUGUUUGGUGGUAUUUUUAGUCGGCACGAUGUAGUUGUCGAACAGUAUAACAAUCAACUGAAGGAACUGUCUCGGCUAAUGGGCGUUGGUAAAUUGCACAAGUUUGUGGACAACGAUGAUAUAGAGGCGAAUAAAACACAUUGUACCAACGGACUUUAUUUGGGUGAUAUUACUGAUCCCUCUACCAACUGUUCACUAAUGUGCGGUAGUGAAGAGUUUCAUUUUAAACAUAUUGGUAAAAAUGAUCUGCUUUACAUACAUGAUGUGCCCUUGCGAAUGGGCGGUUGGUGCUUGCCUACCGAUGCUGCCAACUGUAAUUAUUCUACCACCGUUGCUGUGAAAAUAUUAGGAAGUUGGUCGUGUCUAUCUCGGUACUCAGAAUUCGGAGGCCCUGUUGGCAAUUUAAUACUCGUAUGUAAUGGGCAAAUAACUGAUAACCUGUACGACGAACAAUACAUCACGAACAUUCCGUCGACGCUCGUCAUGUCCGGUCCAGAUGAAAAACUGGAAGACGGCUCUUGGCGUUUUACCUGCACAAGUAAUAUAGAUCCAGUUACGGGUAAUAUUUAUAAAACGGCGCCGUGGUCCCAUCUUGAACAGAUAAGAAAUGUUUGUGUGAAAGGAUUACAUAAUGCUGUAGAUAUUGACCUGAAUUGGGAAACGGGUGAAUGUGAUUGUAAAAAAUAUAACUUGCAGUUUGCAUACGGCAAAUGUAUCGUUUGUCUAGAAGGUGAAUUUAAACAAUUUAGCGACUAUCCCUAUAGGUACAACGUGCCGCUAGACUGUGAUGAUUAUGAAGAAGAAUUCGAGCCUGGAAAAAUUUAUACUAAUAUGCCGUGCGCUUCUUCUGCCUACAAUUGUGUUAACAUGCCCCUAGAUUAUUCAUUUGGUAAUCCUAUCCAAUUAUAUUGGCAAAGAAUAGCAAUGAACACAGAGCCAAAGUAA